CUUUACUUAAUUAUUAUUACUACUUAUAUAUUAUAGCUGCUAUAAAUUAGACCCCCUAGCGCCGACCCGAUAAUAGCUAACCCAAUUGACCUCUCGGGUCGGCAGCGCUUAACCGCGCUUAACACAAGCGCCAUCUUUUCUCGCCCUUUCCCAUGAGAUCACGAACCCAGCUUGUACCGAGCUUCCCCCACGUCAAAAAUCCCGUCGACCAAAAUCCCGACGUCGACGAAGCUCAAUUCUCCAAUCUCCACUCCGUACCUAAGUUUCGCAUUGAAUUAAUUGACUCUUUUUUCUUGCGCAAUUUUCCCUCGAAUCAUGGCCUCCUCCCCGCUCAAGACGUUUGUCUUGCGACGACCCGUCACCGGCGUCAUCUGCUCUUCGCCGAAAGCUCCCUUCUCGACCUUUCCCGCCGCCUCGUGCCUCGCCCGUUCUCCGCUUCGAAAGCAAUGCCUCGCUCCCGUCGUCUCCGUCCCCAAGGCUUUUGCCCGCGCCGCCAGCUCGGGUAAGCCUGAUCUAGCCUCGGCCGCGCAGCAGUCCCUCAACGCCACGCCGGGACAGAACAACGCCCACGACUUUGCGCAGGAUCCCCAUCACGCCCUCGACUGGAACAGCUUCUUCAAGCUCCGCCUCAAGCGCCGCCGAUACCAGCUUCUCUUUUCCAUCACCAACGGCAUGUUCUGCGGAGGCGCCGGCGCCGUGGUCCUCUCAACGGGUGUCGCCGAGCCCGUCAUCACCCAAAUUCCCCUCGACCCAUUCAUGACGCUGGGCAUCAUGACUUUCGCCUUUUCUGGUCUCGGUUGGUUGAUCGGCCCCAGCAUCGGCAAUCAGUUCUUCUACGCCUUGAACCGCAAGUGGAAGAAGCAGAUGACGCAGAAGGAGGCCGAGUUCUUUGAGCGCAUCAAGAAGCACCGGGUUGACCCCACCAACUCGAGCGCCGCCAACCCUGUUCCCGACUUUUACGGCGAAAAGAUUCAGAGCGUGGCUGGUUACCGACAAUGGCUAAAAGAUCAAAAGGCUUUCAACAAGAAGAAGACUGCCAACUUUGUGUAAAACAAUAACAACAAAAACUUGUCUUGGCUAAUGGAUAAUGGCUUUUUCUUCAUUGGCAGAGCAAAACAAAAAAUCUUCAUAUGUAAUGAUGGCGCAGCUGACGGGCAGGGAUGGGCCGCCCUUGAUGUUGCGGCCCCGGAUCAUCGCGGGCAUGUAUCUAUAUCGUCAAAUCUCUUAUCCAAUAACAAACUCUCUUCCUCUUUUCA